AUGACAAAUUGGGGGCCCGUCGGACUUGAUAGAGGAAAUAUAACCAGACUGGCAGCUUCGGAUUACAAUGGAUGGGAGGGUCCACUACCCUCAACCUCUCCUUUCUCUGGAUUCGCAGCACAAAAUCUUUAUGGUAGAGAUGAUGUCAGCAGCACCACUACUGACAGUAAUCUGUUUCCUUAUUGCCCUCAGUCACUCGAGUUUACAUUGCCUGCAUUCUCGUUCCCCGGAGAUAUGGAGCUUGGUGAUAGUGGGACAAUAGUUCCGACAGGAAGCAACAAUUUGUUUUAA